AUGGGUGAGGGGCUCUACCCACCCGUGGGCCACCCAGCGAGCCUGCACCCCAUGACGUCCCCGCACCUCACAGCGUCCCCUCGCCCCUUGCUCGGGUCUCUGCACCCCCGUCGCCCGUCCCGCCGCCCCCAGGAAAGCGCGGGGAACCAGGGAUGGCGUGUCUCAGCACCCACUCACUGUGGGCCUUUCCCCACCCAGGUCCCCAGCCCCAGCUUCCCAGGGACACCCAGCUCCCCAGCCAGCACUUCUCUGGGCAAGAAGACAAGGAAGCUCGUCCCCCCAGCAGGCCAGCAGCCCCACCUGGUGUCCGAAGGGGACAGGGUCCUCAGGAAGGACACAGUCUCCGAGCUCCAGGCCUGCCUGCAGCGGGCGCGUGAGCUGGGCGCACGAGUCCAGGCUCUGAAGGCCACCGGGCAGCAGGAGGACGCUGGCCAGUCCAGUACAGCAGAGUCCGAGGGGUGCCCAUCAGAGUCAUGCACCCCCGAGGUUCCUGCCUACCAGCGCUUCCAUGUGCUCGCCCAGCUGGGCCUCCCUGGCCUGGCCCUACCCUACAAGUACCAGGUGCUGGCCGAAAUGUUCCGGAGCAUGGACAUGGUCGUGAGCAUGCUGCACAAUCGCACCGAGGCUGUGACCUUCAUUAAGGUUAAGCAGGGCGUCCAGACCAUGCUGCACAGACGCUUUGAGGAGCGCAACGUGGGCCAGAUCAAAACGGUGUACCCCGGCUCGUACCACCUCCGCCAGGAGCGCAACAUCCCCUCCUUCAAGGACGGCGUCAAGAGGACGGACUACCAGCUCACCAUCGAGCCCCUGCUGGACCAAGAGUCCGGCGGGACAGCCACCAAGCUCUCUGCAUCUUGGCUCCUGAGACGGCGGCACAUCUUCAGCCAGAACCUGGUGGCCCGCGUGAGGGAGCAUCACAAGGCCUUCUUGGCCACUCUGAAGCCCCCCCUGGAGGUGCCGGACGACCUGCUGACCCGCUGGCACCCUCGCUUCAAUGUGGAUGAGGUGUCCGACAUCGAACCGGCUGAGCUGCCCCAGCCGCCUGCCACAGAGCAGCUGGCCACUGCUCAGGAGCUGCUGUCCCGAGCCCGGAAUCUGAUGUCGCCCAGAAUGGAGAGAGCCUUGAGUAACCUGGCCUUGCGCACAGCACAGCCCAGCUCUCCUGGGUCCCCCAGUCCAGCCCUGCCGCCCACAUCACCUGCUGCCCCCAGCGCACUGAAGGGGGUGUCACAGGCCCUGCUGGAUCGGAUCCGCGCCAAGGAGGCACAGAAGCAGCUGGCGCAGAUGACCCGGCGGCCAGAGCAGGAGCAGCGGCUGGAGAGGCUGGAGCGGCUGCCCGAGCUGGCCCGCGUGCUUCGAAGUAUCUUUGUGUCCGAGCGGAAGCCGGCACUCCCCAUGGAGGUGGCCUGCACCAAGAUGGUGGGCAGCUACCGCGCCCCCAUGAGCACCGGGGACAUGGAAGAGCAUCUGCAGCUGCUGGCCGAACUGCUGCCCGACUGGCUCAGCCUGCACCGUGUCCGAAACGACACCUACGUCAAACUGGACAAGGCUGCUGACCUGGCGGGUCUCACGGCCCGGCUGACCCGCCUAGCCCACACAGAGCAGAGCCUGUGAGCUGUGCCCAUGCCUGGCCUGGCCCAGCUGAGUUUCCGUUCAGCACUUUGUUCCCUUCCCUCCACCCCACCCCCAGGCUCUCCUCCCCAUCUGCCUCAGAGUUCGUGUGUAGUUUACAUUAAACUGGUUUCCAUCUGCA